AUGGCGGACGGCGGAGGUAUCGACCGCAAAGCGGAUGAGAAAAUUGAAUUCUCAACCUCAAAGGAGGUCACCGUUCACCCCACUUUCGAGGCGAUGUCCCUGAAAGAGAGUCUCCUUCGAGGUAUCUAUGCCUAUGGAUAUGAGUCGCCAUCUGCAGUCCAGUCCCGAGCCAUAGUCCAAAUCUGCAAGGGCCGCGACACCAUUGCCCAGGCGCAGUCAGGAACCGGUAAAACUGCGACCUUCUCGAUCAGCAUGCUGCAGGUCAUCGAUACGGCGGUCCGUGAGACACAGGCCCUGGUGCUAUCUCCCACCCGCGAGUUGGCCACCCAGAUUCAGAGUGUGGUCAUGGCGCUGGGCGACUACUUGAAUGUGCAAUGCCAUGCCUGCAUUGGUGGCACCAACGUUGGAGAGGACAUUCGGAAGCUCGACUACGGACAGCAUAUUGUGUCUGGUACCCCGGGGCGGGUGGCUGACAUGAUUCGCCGCCGCCACCUCCGCACCCGGCAUAUCAAGAUGCUGGUCCUCGAUGAGGCCGACGAGCUUCUCAACCAAGGGUUCCGGGAGCAGAUUUAUGACGUCUACCGAUAUCUCCCUCCCGCUACCCAGGUUGUGGUGGUAUCAGCCACUCUUCCUUACGAUGUCCUGGACAUGACGACCAAGUUCAUGACCGACCCUGUUCGCAUCCUAGUCAAGCGUGACGAGUUGACUCUUGAGGGCCUGAAGCAGUACUUCAUUGCUGUGGAGAAGGAGGACUGGAAGUUUGACACUCUCUGUGAUCUCUACGACACCCUGACUAUUACCCAGGCCGUCAUCUUCUGCAACACUCGGCGCAAGGUGGACUGGCUGACCGACAAGAUGCGAGAGGCCAACUUCACUGUGAGCAGCAUGCAUGGAGACAUGCCUCAGAAGGAGCGAGACAGCAUCAUGCAGGAUUUCCGACAGGGCAACAGCAGAGUCUUGAUCUCGACCGACGUGUGGGCCAGAGGAAUCGAUGUCCAGCAGGUCAGCUUGGUGAUCAACUACGACCUGCCGAGCAACCGAGAGAACUAUAUCCAUCGCAUUGGUCGGUCUGGACGUUUCGGGCGCAAGGGUGUUGCGAUCAAUUUUGUUACCAGCGAGGAUGUGCGCAUCUUGCGGGACAUUGAGUUGUAUUACUCAACUCAGAUCGAUGAGAUGCCGAUGAAUGUGGCCGAUCUUAUUGCUUAG